GACAGCAGAGUGGCGCAGCGGAAGCGUGCUGGGCCCAUAACCCAGAGGUCGAUGGAUCGAAACCAUCCUCUGCUAUACAUUUUAGGGUUUCAAUCGACCGUCAAAGCUGUCCAUUUCUGCGCCACACAAAAUUGGCCAGCUCCAUUUCUUACCAAUUAAAACGGCGUUGCCUUUCAUUUCUUGCCAAUCAAACGAGACCCGCUCUGCGCCAAGGCCACUUAGCAAUCAUGAAGCUUGGCCCGCCUUUCGCUUAGUUCGACCAAUCACAUGGCUGUUGCUACCUGUUUCUGUCGCGAUUUAUUCUAAGCGAAGACGAUCAGUAUACCGGCAUCUUCACGAUGUCAAAACCAAAGCGGCACCGUGCUAUGGGGGAUGAGGAGUGGCUGUCCCGGCUGAGGAGGUUCGCCUCCACAGGGAUUUGGCCUACUGAUCCUGGGAAUAGGCCAUCUCCCAAGCAAAAAAGUGGCAUGACCUAUAGAAAAGUGUCCACUGCAGCAUGGAGAGCAGAUGUCUCUGUUUGGUGGACCACAGGUUUGCUCAUGUGGAUUUCACAUCAAGAAGCAUCGGCGGAUCUAGGGGGUGGUUACUUGGGCUCAAGCCCCGGAUGUUUUCUCAAGAGCCCCGGAUCGCGGAUCCGAGCUGGUCUGAGUAUAAUGUGCAGUACUGGAAUUCACCAGAGAGUGGCAGCAUGCGCUGGAGAGCAGCUGGCAGCCUGCCGCCUGUCCAGAAGAAGAAGCGUUUACGUCUAUGUGCGCUAGUCGCUGCUCCUUGAUUCUACUGCCAACCAGCGUCGACUCAAGUAAUGGAUAUCAGAAGCUUUUUCAAAAAGCGGACGUCGCCAGCAGCAGCACCAGCAGCACCAGCAGCACCACCAGCAGCAGCUGAAGCUGCUAGACAGAUUGAUGUUCCCGGUUUGUGAAACUUUGACUGAUUUUGCUAGCUGGCUAUCAGUAUUAUCCGUUAAUACCAACAACAACACAACCGCACUGAAAAUGAAAGACAGCAAGAUCAAUGUUGCAUUCCAGGAUAAGACUAAAACCCCUUUAUGAAAUAUGAAUGAAAAGUAUUACUGGCAAAAUGAUUGAAGUAUUCAUUGUGCAGAAAAAUGCUCCCUGUCAGUGCUUUGCCAUUAUAUAAGAUGUUUUUGGAUUAUUAUACUGUAUUUUACUACUGCAGAUGUUUAAGCUUGUGCUAAUUUUAGCUAAUAUGUACACUUUUGGGUGGUUCAAUCAACAGUUAAUAACUAUGUUUCUUUUAGCUAAUCCAAGGGAGUUUAAAACAGUUCAUUUAUUUGAAGAAGAGGGAGAAUUUUCUAAUCUCAUCAAGAAACAUUUCAAACUUUUAAACUCAGCAUGUGGGUAUUUUCACAUGAAUUUUAUGAAUCGUUAUCUGAAAAGUAACUAAAGCUGUCAAACAAAUGUAGCUGAGUGGAAGGAGAAUAUUUCCCCCUGAUAUGUACCUUAAAAUGGAAAUACUCAAGUAAAGUAAAAGUGGCUAAAAAUUGUAAAUGUACUGUCCACCACUGAUGUUAACGUUAUAGAAAUCAUGCAUGGGUCUGAUUUUUAAGUGUUCUCUGUGCCAUUCACAGCUUUGAAUUGGUGGUAAGUUGAUGUAAAAAAAUAAAAAUAAAAUAAGGAUAGUUUUGUGUGCGUGGCACAAAAAAAGCCGGAAAAAAUAAAUCGGCAUCUGCACCCUCAGGGCUAAGCCCCUGAUCUCCUAGAAUCCUAGAUCCGCCCCUGUCAAGAAGGUAAACUAAAUUGGGAUACUUUAAUGAUUAAGCUAAACAAAGAUGUUAAUAUACACUGUGAAGUUUAACUUAUAUUCAUGAGAACGGGUUUUGUUGUUGUUUUUAAUCAGACAACACCACCCACAUCUGGUUCAUCAGUGUCUUCAGCUGCAGCAUUUCCUGCCAGUGGUGCUGCCGGCUCUGUUGGUCAGGUUGUGAAGCCAAAACUCAGCCUUGAAAUGUUUGCCAAACCACGAUUUGGUGGCUCACUGAGCUCAGCAGUGAAGCCAAACCUCAGUGUUGCCCAAAAACCCACUCAGCUUCUUUCCAGCACAGUCACUGCCUCGUCUGACAGUGUGAAUAUGGCCACUCCGACUAUCCCUGCAUCCACGUCACGAGUAAUCAGGACCGUCUCCCCUCUCUCUCUCCCUCCUUCCUCUUUGACACCUGUGACCAUCACCAAGCGUCCCAGCACUGAAAUUUCCCCAAUUCCUCCUGUCUCUGAUGAAAUUGCCUCACCUGUGCCAACAGUGCCUUUGCCUCCAUUCAGUAAUCCACCUACAACCAGUCAAUACUGGUUGCCGGAAAAACUUAAAAAAACUCUUCCUGUCCAAGAUCAGCAGUGGAUUGCUGCUGCAUUAUGGAGGAACCAGCGCCUCCAUGAUGACCUCAAAUUGUGGUAUGAGCCACCAAAUCCAUCUUUAAUCUACCACCAGGUCCCCACUCCGGAGCGCUUUUUCUGCCACCUGCUUCUUUUGUGGAUGCCAUACCACCUCUGGAGGGUUAGAGUGUUCUGCCCCAGAUGCAGUGGGCACCUCACAGGAGGGAGUGUUCACAAAAGAGCACGUCAGGUGUUGGACAUUGAUAGGAACUACAUAAUGAUCACAGAGACAUUGAGGUGCAGUAACGCUGGAUGCAAGGCAUCCUACCUGUCAUCUACCAGUGCUGUACUGGAUCAGCUGGAUCUGCCUCGUCGUUCGGAGUUCAGGAUCAUAAUGACACGCAAGUAUGCAUGUGACAUUCGUGUCAUACGACUGAUGAGAGAAAGAACAUUAGGCAACAGCUCUACCCGCCUAGCAAAACAAUUGAAAGAAAACCAUAGUGAGGAGUGGCUGCAGCGCCUAGCCAGGUACUUUGGUGAGUGUGCAGACUUCAUGGAUCGGCCAAGCCUCAUCCCCGUCACCUGUCAGGAGCCUCCAGAGCCUGUAGCCGUGCCAACAAACAGGUGGCUUAUGACCGUAUAUGCCAAAGACAUAAUCAGCAGGAUGGACCACAUAAAGGCCACAAUAACCUCAGUCUUUGGGUCCAUUUUAAAAAUGGACUCGACCAAGAAGAUCACAAAGAAGCUGGCGGGGGCAGCGAAAGGCACAGCACUGUGGCUGACAUCAGUGAGCAAUGAGCUGGGACAGAUUUUGAUCAGUGUGCUGACUACACAGGAAGGACCUGGCCUAGAUGUCAUGGUGGCAGAUCUUUUCAGAAGACACUGGCUGCUGUAUAGAGGGAGCUGGAGUGACCAAACUGCAGCAAAGAUUUGGUGGAUGGCCAAACCUAAUUAUCCGUCUGGAUAUAUUUCACUUUAUGCGGCGACUGGCAGCUGGCUGCACAACUGACGCCCAUCCACUCUACCCCAUUUUUAUGGCAUGACUAUCGGUCUGCAUUUUCGAGUGGGAUCCUGAGGACGUUGCCCUUCUACGGCUGUCCAAGCGGGUGUACUUGCAGCAGGAGGGUGUGCCUGGCAUCUGUAAAGAUGCUAUGAUCGACAGGAGCAUUUCCAAAGAUGAGCUUGCUCUUCACUGUAGGAGGCGAACCAGAGGAGAGGAGACCACCAUCAACCUGAUUCAACUCCUCCUGGAUGAGUUGAUGGGGGACAAGGGGAAAGACCUGCUCGGUGUUCCACUCCUGGACAGGGUCAGAAUGGAGCACAUCUAGCGUCUUCAAAAGAGGCAUGUUAAGUGCAUUCAGGAUGUGGCAGGUGUGGCGCUCUACACAGAGACUGGUACUAUGACCACCAAAAGAGGGCAUCGUGCUGAAGAACUACAGGUGUGCCAGAGGUUUGACAUCACUGGAGUCAUUUCACUUGCACUUGAACAGGUUUAUUCCAGGUACAAAGGCCAACAGCCUGAACUUCCAGCUUUUUUCUGCUGGAAGGUCUCAUUAGAUGGAAUCAAGACCGGGCUGCGCAAUCUCUGGCCACCAAGCCAUCUAACCUGUUCAGCUACUCUGGCGACAUUGUCCAGAGUGUCAAUACCAAUAGUCUGAAGGUGCUUAAUCGGAAGUAUGUUCCAUCUUUCUGUCCCCCACCCCAGUACACAGGAGAGCUUAUUGGUAUUGAUUAUUUGUAUAAGCAGACCGGGCAGGCCAUUCAGGACAUAAACCCAGACUCAGAGGAGACAGAUGAGCUGUUGGAAGAUCUGAGCAUUGAGGAGGAGCAUGACGAUGAAAUGUUUGUGGACCAGGAUCUGGACCCAACUAUUGGGAUCCUUACAAUCUCAGCAGCAGUUCCAGACCAGCCUGUUGCUGUAUGCAUUCAGGCUGCAGCCACAGAGCUGGCAGCCUCCUCUGCCCUAACAGGUGCAGCCUCCUCUGCCUCCAUGCUGCCUCCAGUUGCAGCCUCAUCUGCCUCCGUGCUACCUACAGUUGCAGCCUCAUCUGCCUCCGUGCUACCUACAGCUGCAGCCUCCUCUGAAACACAGCUUGUGGUGGAUGAGCACAACAUGCCCGGGAUGGAAGCCUGGAAUGGAUCAUGUGGACAGCCUGGCAGAGUAUCUGGUGGGUCUGCGGGACCAUACUGGGUUGACCUUGAACAGCCAACAGGUCAGCACCAUCAUAGGCCUCUGGCAGAACUUGCUGCCAUAUGACCAGCAACGGGUGGUGUUUGCUGCUAGGCACCAAGACAGGCUUGUGGCUGGAAGGUUCAGGUCUCCCAAAAAAAAAAGCAGCGUUUACUCCUAGUGUGGAGAGUCUGAAGCGGUGUGUGCUGGGGUCUGCUGCCUCCCCUGCCCAAUGGCCAGACUGUUGCCGCUUAGUCUAAGCCAUUUUUGUCAGACUUUGCCAUUUAUACAGGAGUCCUAAAAAGCAACAAGGACACAAGACCCUGACCAUAUGAACUCUUAUCCUUCAGGAUUACCGCAACAUCCGGCAGCUAAUUCUGGGCAAUGGUGCCAUCAUGUAGAGCACUACACUGCAACUUGUUGAGGUAAACCAAACAACCCUCAUCCAAUGGCAUAACAAGCGGGUUAAGCGACAGGAUGUCACCCUGCUCCUACAGGGAGUAAAUCUACCUGGUCCCCUUCCUGUGGCUUCUGAGGCCCUUCAACCUGCCAAUGUCUGCCCUGCUGCUCCUCCUCAAACACACAAUACUGAACUUGUGUAUAACUUGCCCCCAAGUACUGCAGGGCUGGCGAGAAGGAAAACAGCUGAGGCUCCCGUCACUGCUGCUCCACAAGUAAUCAUUCAAAGGUCAUUAGCCCAAAAGCAGCUUUUGCCUCAACCUCCUGCUUUUGGUCCCCUGUUUGUCCUCCCAUGAGCAUCCUUUGUCAGUCCUCAAGCCCCAGCCACUUUCACCUUCCUUGUUCCACCUGCCCCUACUACAACUGUUGCCCCUCCUGCCCCAGCAGUACCUCCCCCUCCUGCCAGUGCUCAACCUUCCUCAAAGGCUAAAUUCAACAAAAGGAAGGUUGAGUUUAAUACGUGCAGAAAGUGUGGACAAUUUAGGACUGCUGAGACUGGGCACAGCCAGUAUCAUGGCAUUAUCUACUGCCCAAAUACAGAAACGGUCACGAAAGAGGUCUGGUUGGAACAGAUCAAAAAGUCCUGAAGACAUGAAAUGUAAAUAUUACAAAGCAUGUAAAUAAGUUUACGUUGUAGUGUGAGUGUGUAUAGUUCUUUUAAAGAUUUCUACUGUUUUCUCUUUUAAACUAUUUUUUAAAAAUAUUUGACUUGUAUUUUCAUACUAAAAUAAGUAUAUAAUUUUGUUUUGUAAAUAUCUAAUACCAUGCAUGUAAAUAAGUUGUGAUGUUGUACUGUGUGUGUCGAUGUAGUGCUUUAAGGAUUUUUUUAAGGAGUUUUCUAUUUGUUUUAAAGCUUGUCUCACUGCAAAAAAGUAGUUUAUUUUGUUCAGAACAAUAAAUAACUUAAUGGCAGUAUCCAAA